AGCAGGAAUAUAAUUCAGCAACAAUUUCACACGCUUUCAACAGAAUGGCAGUGCAUUAUUAUAAAACACCUUUCAAAAGCAGAAGCUGUGAAUUAUGAAGCUGCUUCUUACCCUCCUGCUUCUCAGCAUCUUCGCAAUCGCUACAUGUGAUGAAGAGUUCAUCAAGGGUUUCUGCGGUGUGUGCCCUUACUUCACAAAACUGAUUCCUGAGAAAAAGGUUGACUGCAAGGACAUACAAAAUGAAUGCAAGAAAGGCAAAAUAAAGGAAUUCUGUGCGAUAAUCAAGAAAACCGACGAGACAAUCAAGCAAAAUCAUAGAGAAAAGAUGAAGAACCUCACAUGGAAAGAAGCGUGCAAAAAGUUCUGCUAGGAGGUCAAGUUCGAAUAUAACUGCUUUACCCUUUCUAAAUAAAUGUUGAGCUGUUGAU